UAUGAAUGCUAGCACGCUGGCUAAAGAAAGGUCCCUAUGGCUAUCUCUGUUCAACCAGUCAACCCUUCACCGCCUCUGUGUGGAGCGGAAGUGACGAAAAAUCCACAACAAUCGGUUGCCCGGGAGCUGAGAAGCUGCGGAAACCAUGGCAGAGGAGGUAACCAGCCUCGCGCUCGUGUCCCCUAAAUCACAAGGGAGCAUAGCCGAUCUGUCAGGACAAGGUCUCCAGAAACUGACACCUACACUACCCUUUGGGUCUGACACUCGUACAUUAAUAUUGGACAAGAACCAGAUUAUCAAACUGGAACAUCUUGAGAAAUGUAAAAAUCUUACACAGCUAUCUGUUGCCAACAAUCGGCUUGUACGGAUGAUGGGGGUGGCAAAAUUGGUCCAUAUCCGGGUAUUAAACCUGCCUCAUAACAGCAUUGGCUAUGUGGAAGGAUUGAAAGAUUUAGUGCAUCUGGAAUGGCUUAAUCUCGCAGGAAACAAUUUAAAGGUUGUUGAUCAAAUAAAUAGCUGCACUUCUCUCCAACACCUGGAUUUGUCAGACAACAAUAUAUCCCAAGUUGGUGACCUCUCCAAGCUGACAUCUCUGAAAACUUUGCUUCUCCAUGGAAACAACAUAACGUCUUUACGCGCCACAUCUGCAAACCUUCCCCAGAAUCUCACCAUACUUUCCUUGGCAGAGAAUGAAAUCAGAGAUUUAAACGAAGUGUCAUUGCUUGCAGGUCUUGCUGAUCUGGAACAAUUAUCAAUCAUGAAUAAUCCUUGUGUGAUGGCCACCCCAUCUCUUCCUGGUUUUGACUACAGACCUUAUAUUGUCAGCUGGUGCUUGAACCUUAAAGUUUUGGAUGGUUAUGUUGUGUCCCAAAAAGAAAACUUGAAGGCAGAAUGGCUUUACAGCCAAGGCAAGGGAAGGUCCUACAGGCCUGGCCAGCAUGUGCCACUUGUGCAGUACUUGGCAUCUGUUUGUCCUCUUACUUCAGCGCCUGGCCUUCAAACUGAAGAGGAUGCAAAGCUGGAGAAAAUAUUAAGUAAACAGAGGUUACAUCAAAAGCAGCUAUUGCACCAGAUCCGCGGGGAAGGCCACUUCUCAUCUAUACCAAAUAGAAGGUCACCAUCAUCUACGGAACAACAGAGUCCAACUCGCACACUCCAAAGAUCUCAUGACAAUGAACCUAUAAUCCAUGUAGAUGCUUGGCUUGGAAGAAACAGUGCUUGUGAUUACUCCUAUGCCACGAGAAAAGUGUCCUCUAGUACUGGCCAUUCUGGAACAUCACAAUACAACAGCCUCUAUUUGGAAGAUAUACAAACGGAUGAGGACAAACUGAACUGUAGUCUUCUUUCUUCAGAGUCGACUUUCAUGCCCGUUGCACCUGGUCUCUCCCCUGUAUCUCCCUGUGUAGAACGGAGGACACUGGCUACCAACGAAAGCGUGAUUGAAUUUUACAAAGAAAGUACGGAAAACUUGACAAUGGUGGCACAAGAGAUGACACAGCUUGAACAAGUUGAAAACAAAGUGGAAGAAGACACAUUUUGUUGUGUUAAUUCAGUAAUGCCAAACAAGGGCAGAAAUGAUGAACCAUCCUCCAGUACUAUUGCUGUGAAUCCUCAACGGACAAAUAAUUACCCUUGUAAUACUACAGUACCUACAGUAUUGUCUCUGUCGGAAAUGGACGAAGAAAGUCUAAACCGUAUGAACAAAGCAGCCACAAAGCUGCAGUCCAGCUGGAGAGGCUUCUAUGCCAGGAAAAAUAAUCCUAAAGUUCGAGAUGUACGCUACGAGAUCAGACUGCGCAGAAUGCAGGAGCACAUUAUCUUCUUAACCAGGGAGAUCAAUAGGCUGAAGAAAGAGAAAGAAGCAGAGCGAAUCCAAAGGCUUGUACAGGAAGAAGCCAUGCGGUACCUUUGGGAGCAGGUGCAGUCCAUUCAGCAGUGGCAAAAUACAGUGAAUAUUCAGUUAGGCACAACAAAUAAAAAUGGCGUCCUUACACCAAGCAAAUCCCUGACCAACGUACCCAACUCUUCAUCUGAUGAAUUAGAGGAAGAGGCUUUGUGUAUUCUUGAUUCUGAAAACCUUCAAAGAAAAUUGUUGCCAGAAAUCCCAGAUUCUGGUUUCCAUUCUAUUGUAAGUAAGGAGCUGGCUUGUUCUGAGAAGACCUCAACUGAGGAGAGUGGGUCUUCAGAACCAUCUAUGGACACUGUGAGACACUACAGUGACCGAGCAUCUGACUCCUGUACAGAGCCAAACACAGCUCCAGAGAUACAAAGUCAGAGCGACAAAGACAGCUUCAGCAGUGAACAGGACAACAGUCUCUUGCAGCAGUAUUUACAGACUGUUGAACAACUCGAAGCAGCGGAGAGUAACACAAGCUACAGCGAAGGAGCUUCUGAAAGCCGCCCAGGAACCACGGACUGCUCUGCGAGCUCUGACUUUGGUAGCCUUUCACAUGUUCCAGAUGAUGACUAUAAGGAGGUAAUCCAGACUGCAUUGGAUGAAGAGCAUAGUACUCAAACGCCAUCCCAUUCAUGCUCUCAGAUGCUUCCUGUGGAUUUGGUUCUCUGACCAGAGGAAUGCAGGGAACUCGUAUUCAAUAGUAUAUCAGAAACUAUAUGAAUUAUCUUCAUUUUUAAUUGAAGUGGAACACUAUAAGCUUUGCAACUAGUAAGCACUUUGCCAGAGCAAUCAUAUCAAUUUCUCACCUAUAUAUUUUUUAUUUCUGUGAAAUGCUAAUUCUGAAAUAUACCGUUUUUCCACUAACCUCUCAAAGAAUAGCUACGUUUUCUACAGUUCUGUGUACUUACUGUUUAUCAAAGUAUGUUUUUUAUACAUCUGCACACGAGGCCUACGUGUAAAAACAAAAGUGCGGAUGACACAAGGUGAUAAAUACAGAUCCUUCUGCCUUACCGUAGUCUGCUCAAAAACUAAA